AUGGCAGGUUUUGGCUGGUCGGUUGGUGACCUCGUUGCCUCACUUCAACUCGUGGUCAAAAUAGCUGGAGCAUUGAAGGAGACAGGAGGAGCGAAGUCAGACUACCAAGAAUCUAUUGAAUUCUUGUUUGGCCUCGAAACAACCCUCCAGAAUCUGCGGUCUGUCUCUCCAAUUGUCGUCCACCAAUCCCAAGAAAGUGCUGUUCAACUCGAGGCCCAGAAGAUCGUGAAACCUCUUUCAAUUUUUUUGGCCAAGAUUCAAAAGUUUGAUGGAGCUCUUGGUUUGGAGAGCAAAAGAAAUCCAUGGCGAACCGCCCCAAGAAAGGUGCAAUGGGCGAUAUUCGUCUCAAAGGAAGUGAAGAAGCUGCGAGAUCGAAUUUCUGUUCCUAUGUUUAGCCUUAAUAUCUUGCUACAGUCUCAAACAUUACAUGCCGUGUCGAGUUUGCAGGAAAGGCUACCAAGUGAUAUUUCGGAAAGGCUCGCUUCAGGUAUCGAGAGUGCGGUUUCAAAAGGUCUAAGAGAUGAGUUCGAUUCUUUGAGAGGCAUGAUGGGUAAUUACGAGGUGGAUUCGACAAUGACCCCAGGGGACAACUCACAAGAGGCCGAACAGACUACGCAAUCACUAGCUGCCCUUUCGCCCGAGCAGCUACCACUUAGCCAGCCAGCUGGACAAUUUCCAGACUCGUGCCUAAAUUCAAGACUCGAAAAACUUGCCAACGACCAACUAGUGGAGAUGAAAUCGUUGAAAAGAUCGCUGAGCACCAUCACCGCUCUUCAGAGGCUGCCCCGUGCAAAUUCAAGUCACGAAGACCCUUGUUUGUCGUCUACAACUCCAUUCUCUGAGCUUAAAACAACAUUCGCCAAAUGCAUGGUUUUGCUUGCUUUGAGCUUACGAGAACUUUUCAACUCUAUUUUGAUCUACCUCGGGCCACAUUUUCUAUUAUUCAUGCUUACUCUCAAAGAAAUGGGUUCUAGGAUUCCCAAGAUGCUGCUAGACAAUAACAGCAUUCUAUUCGAGGAUGUUUUGGGACGACGGAAAUAUCUCCCCAUUGAAUUCUUCCAACACUAUAAUGUUUUUAAUACAUUCUUGAGGGAAUCUUUCACAGGCGCCCCAGGUCAAAGAUAUGUCCUCAAUCAGCAAUAUCGAUUAAACGACUCGAGGAACGAGCUUGUUGAUAGCACAACGUGGCGGAAGACCAUCAAAAAUAGGUCCAAGAUUAUGAUGUCGGUGAUGCUAGAAAAAUUGACCGAGGAUGAGGUAUCUUGUCCCAGGUGUUGGAUGCCUGGAAGCUCGACACAACUAGGCACAAUUGUUCAAUGUUCGUCGUGCAGCUUGAUAUAUACGACGAAUGUUUCCAUGAACGUUUCCGCUCAAACAAAUCAAUUAGACUCUUCAAAGGCUUCAGAAGCAGGACCAAAAGAUGCAAAUCUGCCAUCCAUUUCCUCGGAAGUUCUGGCGCCUGAAAUCUACCCAAGCGGAAAUGAAUGGACUGAAGCUGAACGUUCCUGGAUAUCUGUCAAGAAUAAUAAACCAAAAGGGGGCGAUUCUCCUAACUUGAGUGGGGAACCCACCGCUCUACCAUGGGCGUCUCAUCAAGACCUCAUACACUUCAAAAGAGUGCAAAUUGCGGACUUACCAAACCAGAAAAUACUGCCCCAAUCGUCAGCUCUGCUGCAAUUGCUGGUGGUCCUUUCACGCAUGCGAGAUCUGAUAGACUAUGCAAUGCCCAGAUCUGGAACACAGCAUAGCAUACAACAGUCUUUAGACGCAGUGCUUGCACAGAUCACAAAUUGCACCCAAAUGAUACAUGUAUUCUUUGAGCAUCAAUCGUUCGAGGUGCUUAAGCUCAUUACAGGCCCAGAUUGGAAAACGAAAACCUGGUCCAUAGCCUGGUUUGGAUCGGUUCGUCUCUCGGAAGAGAGCAAGGAACUUAUUAGCGUGGCGCGACUAUUGUGUCAAGACCUGCAACGCAACCACAAAAUAGUCACUACAAAUGAGGUGUUUGCACAAUGGAACCAGACAGUGACACUUUUCAAUAUCCGCUCAGUUGCUCUGAAAAGCUCUUUGGAUCUCCUCAAGAACAUCGAUGAUGCUUGGAUGUCUGGCGGCCAGAGGAUACGCAGAGAAAUAAUAUCUUUUCCAAAUUCUCAAAUCGACCAAGAAGAUAUUGCAAAUGAUACACCAGGAGAUCAUGGAGCGGCAACUUGCUUGGUGGUUACACCGAGAUACAUUAUUGUUGCACUCGAUAAUAAAUCAAUAUCGAUCUUCGACCAUAAGAACAAUUUUCUCAGAAACCUCCAGGGUCAUCAAACCGCUGUUUGGGCAAUGGCUGUUCAUGUUGAGAAUGAUGAUAUGCUUGUAAGCGGAGGUGCCGGAGGUGUUGAUCGAAAUGUGCACGUGUGGGAUAUGAAUACCGGGUAA